UAACAACUCUCUCUCUCUCCUGGUUUCCCUGGCACUAUUAAAAAAAGCAAAUACCACAUUCCUUCCUUCUUUUCUCUUCAAUUUCCAUGCCAAAAUAACUAUAAUAAAACAUUUUAAAAAACUCUUAUAUUCAACAAAAUCUCCAAAUUCUUUUUCAAAUAACAAAAACCAGAGAUAAUGUCCUUCCUUUCAUGCUUCCACCUCUCAAAAACUUCCGACGACUGUCCGCCGCAUCCACCGCUGCGGCCGCAACACUUCUUGACAACACAAACCAGCUACACAUACCAAACCGCCGCCGGCACCGUCACCGUGACAUGGUCUCAGUCCAUCUUCGGCCGGUCCCUCCAGCUCCAUCUCCACAACCACCACCCUUUCAACCCUCCCACCUUCAACCUCCGCAUCAACGCUUUCCCUUUCUCCUUCCGCAACAAGAAGCGCGGGCACAAAUCUCUCUCUCACAACAUAAGAAUCUUCUGGAACCUCUCCAAAGCCAGGUUCGGUAACCGUCCGGAGCCUGAGUCUAAUUACCUCCUUGCCCUCACGCUAGACGACUCCAUCGCACUCCUCGUCGGAGAUGUACCGCUCAAAGAUGCAUGCGCCACGUGCAAGGCACGUGAUCCCAAGAACCGCCAGGUACUCGUCACCAGGAAAGAGUACGUCGACGUCGACGCCAACGGUGUCUCCAACAGAAUCUACUCCACGUCAGCAACGAUCGCAGGAAGAACGAGAGAGUUGGAGGUUGAAUAUCACGGCGGCGGCGGCGACGAUAGCGAAAACUCGAGGCUUCUGUUUAGUUUCGACGGAGAGAAGGUUUUGGAAGUGAAGAGGUUGAGGUGGAAGUUUCGGGGGAAUGAGAGAGUGGAAAUUGGUGAAGGUGGUCACGUGCAAAUCACGUGGGACGUUCAUAACUGGCUAUUCAAAAAGGAGGAAUACCAACACUACUACAACAACUAUAACAACUCCUACAAUAAUAAGAAUAACAAUCUGGGUAAAACUGAGGAUGGUCACGCAGUGUUUAUGUUCAAGUUCGAGGAGGACGAGGAUUUUGGGGAGACUUAUUGGAACGAUUCGGAAUGCGGAAAAACUGGCAAGAGUUUAUUAUUGUCAUCGUCGUCGUUUUCGAUGUCGUCUUCGCUGGGAUCAUUCGGCGGAAGCUCCUCCGUGAUGGAGUGGUCCAAUCUUGAAGAGAGCGAGUUGAUUGGUCCCGUUGGAUUAACUCUUCUUGUUCAUGCUUGGAGAAUUGGAAUUUGAUCGCCGUUACUUUCUGUAUGUUUCAAUCAUCUCCUUCUUUCUUCUUGCAUUUCAUUGAGCAAAUUACUUAUUGGAUUUUCUUUAAUUCUAUUACUGUUUACUAACACAAGUUUAGAGAUGGUUAGGAUAUAGAUUUUUACGUUGACCCAUUUGUUAUACAGAGAUCAUGUAUUAUUUUAUAUUGAUCUUAUGUACUUUUCUUUUUUUAGUUCAGCAUCUGUAAAUUGUAAUUUUUCUUUUGCACAAAU